AACUCUAAUGCGGACGUUGAUUGGGUUGGCGACGGGCCGCUUGCAAUUUUCUCACCUUUACCAUGGAUCAAGUCAUCCUGCCCUCUUGCCCUGGUGUUCUCUAUUCAGGGUCUUCUUCGAGGACGGACAUUCCCGUGCUCCGGAGUACUCCGUACAGGUUAACGCGGAGCUACGACAGACCGGAAAAAUAACUGCUCCUAAAGCCAAAAUAACCACACGGUGAAUCCCGCUCAUUAUGCUACGGCGAUAAAUCCACAUAUAUUUAUGCAACAUCCUUAGAUAAUCUCCAACGUCAUCUCAAACUGUCCAUCGACUACUUCAGUGCCGUCAAUCAAGCCCGCAAAUUUUCAGAUCACGUGGCUUGAGCGAGGCUCGUCUCUUUGCAGUAGGGUCUACUUCAAAAUCUCCACGAUUGCUUGUUAACAGAAAUCUUGUCUCAAGUUGGGUGAGCUUGGUUGACAGAAUGUGGUUGAUUCACCGCGCAUUGCUCAUCGUCGAUACAAGUGCGAUUUGGCGUCCUCUCCGUGGACAUUCGGUGGAAUUCCGUGGCACAGGCACCAGUCGCUAUGAGGCGAAGAAAGGGUGGUAAGGGAUGCAGUUGUUGGAUAACUCCAUCCUGAGCAGGAUUGUGUUGUUGUCUGUUAAAGCCUAAUUUUGUCUCUAAACACACCAAAACGUCCUGGUGACGUCUUAGGCAGGAGAGCAGAGUCAGCUCUGCAGGAUGCUUCCUUGGUUGUCGCCCACUUUGAAGAUAGCUAGCCAUUGGCAUAUGUUGUGUAAUCUUGCCACCUUAAUCUGUUGUAACAUCUCUGGUUAAACCCAAAUGGAGUUGUCACCAGAG